AACGGCACUCCAAACCUCCUGCUCCCUGCCCAUCUCUCCUCGCUUGGGUCUCCAGGUUUUUGCCUAUUUUUCAAUUUUCAAUCCGCCUGCGUCGCAAUAGUGACGGGCCCGAACGGAUAUCCCCUCAAUCGUCGCAUGCGCUCUUAACUUAACCCCCCUCACAACCCUUACCAACUGUGUGAAAUCCAUUCCCUCGCUGCCUCCUGUUUCUCCGGCGGGUGGUCUCUCUUUCUUCUCUUUCUGUCUCUUGUUGUAGGAAAAGCCAGGCGCUGGCAUUAAGGGGAAGAGAAAGAGAGAAAGACAGAGAGAUGAUUUUUCGCAUUGUUGCCGUGCUAAUGGAGAGAAUCCUUCUUAGUGGCAGUUGCAUUGUGUUUUGUUAAUGUUGGUGAUGGAUUUGAUUCUUGGUUAAUUUCCAGUUGCUAGGCAGUUCGAAGAGUUGCUCGCUCUGAACAUCGGGGGAGCUUUCCCGGUUCUAGUCGCGAUUGAUUGUUCUGGAGCAGUGUGGGUUGUGUCACGGUACUGGGAAGUGAGGGAUUAACUUUCAUGCGAGACUUCGACCAGCAGGAUACUUUGCGUGUCUAGCGCCAGGCCGCGGGUGGUGGUGAAUCGAGGGGUGGUGUUAGUGUCGUUGGCAGUGGCUCGUCCGCAUUGCUCGUGUUUUCGAGAUACAGGGCGGUCGAGUGGGACAAAUUGGUUUGCUUCAUUCUGCUAGUUUUGGUCGGAUGAGAAAUGUGGUACAAGUAGUUAGAUACUGCGGUUGCAGGUCAGAGUCUGUAGUGGCACUUGAGAGCGUGCCUUGUGUACGAGGCCUGUGUAGAAUUGGAUGUUCUUGAGUGCGCCGCCGUCGAAUUUGUCUGCAUAUGUUGUGGUGGUUCUGAGUGUUCACAGUUUUGGGCUUGUUAUUUCAGAAGACUCGAAGCAUGUGCCGCUGAUAUUUUAAUUUGGGCUGAUAGUCAGAGAGCAAGUUUUGCUCCUACACGAAUGUGAUAGACGGAGUUAGAAUAUCGUCUGUUGAACUCAAGUGAAUAUUUUCUGCGAUCAACGAAAUUAGGUGGUAUAGUGGAUUCUGCGUAAGAUAUUGUCUAUAUGUAGCAUCUUGAAGUGAGGCUGCAAGCCAAGUUCGUAAUGUGUGCGGUGCUGUAGCCUCUUUCUGUUUAUUAACCUAUCCGGCGCUCGACAGCAUUGGGAUUGAGAAUGACGGGUGUAGUUGAUAGUUCCAGGCGCUCUCGCCUCUUGUCUUCCAGUACUCUAUCGGGGUCAACUCCCGAUGAAGUGAGGCAAACGAGGGCAGCCGCUAAACGGUCGGCUAUGGAGGAUAAUCCCGUCAAACUUGGAACUAACGCAGCGCAUCCCAAAAAACGGUCUGGCAUGCAGCCAGUCAGAAAACGUCCUGCUCUCUCAAAUAUAUCCAACCAGCAGAAUGGUGCCCCAUUUGACCGCACUGUCCCUGGGAUUCCUUGUAUGAAGCCCGUGGAUUUGAAGUCAUCAGUGACUGCCCGAGGAAAUGAUAAUAUGUGCUCUGGAAACCACGCACAAAUGUGCGCUAUAUCCAAGCAGGAGGACGCCAUAGCGGAUUGUGAAUCUGAGUCUGCUCCAAGAACUAACUCAGAAGCGAUUGCCUCUUUGGAAAGACGAACAAUUCAAAACCUCUACAUAUCUCAAGAGGCAAAGGAUCGGGUGAAACAAGGAGACUUAUUCGGCGACAAGAACUGUCUACAACAAUCAGAAUGGUCGAGAGGGGCAUUGAGGUAUACAGAUAUUGACAAUGAUCAUUUCGAACCUCAAAUGUGCACUACGUAUGCCGCAGAUAUUUAUGAACAUCUUCGUGUGGCUGAGGUCAAGAGACGGCCCAAAGCAGAUUUCAUGGAGUCAAUGCAACAGGACAUUAAUCCGACAAUGCGAGGAAUUCUCGUGGACUGGCUUGUGGAGGUUGCCGAGGAAUACAAACUAUUUCCUGACACAUUGUACUUGGCCGUCUCUUUCAUUGAUCGAUACCUUUCUGCCCAUGUGGUUACCCGACAACGGCUUCAGCUGUUGGGUGUUGCUUGCAUGCUCAUCGCUGCAAAAUACGAAGAAAUAUGCACUCCCCAAGUUGAGGAGUUUUGUAACAUUACAGAUAAUACCUACUGCCGUGAAGAGGUAUUGGAAAUGGAGAGGGAAGUUUUGAAUGUCUUGAAGUUCGAGCUCACAACUCCGACAACGUUAACCUUUUUAAGACGGUUCACCCGAGCGGCUCAAACAAGUUACAAGGCUCCCACUCUGUCUCUGGAGUUUUUAGGGAGUUAUCUUGCUGAACUGACUCUUCUGGAGUACGAGUUCUUGCCGUUUCUUCCGUCCAUGAUAGCCGCAUCCUCUGUGUACCUAGCCAAGAUAACUCUCGAUUCAUCAACGUGUCCGUGGGAUGCCACAUUGCAACAUUAUACGGGUUAUAGACCAUCCGAACUGGAGCAUUGUGUGAAAGCUAUUCAUGAAUUACAGCUAAACACGAAGAGCUGCUCACUUCCUGCUGUUCGAGAGAAGUACAGGCAGCACAAGUUUAAGUGCGUGGCAACCUUCGCACCACCAGCUGUUCUUCCGCACGAUUACUUCGCACAACUUGACCAUAAUCCAGUGAAGCCUCGAUUCUGAACAGCUUGAAGCCCGAUGGAAUUAGAUGGAGUAUAAACUUGAUAUUCAGCAUAGAUAACCAAAAAGCGAAAAAAUAAUAUUCUGGAUUCUGCAGAGGCCUUGAUGAGUGGGUAUCAGCUACAUCUGUCUGGAGUAAGCGCCCUGGAAAGUGCCAUCAUAAGCUCCAGCCUUCGUCGUCAUAAGGCUUGUCAAAAGAAAUUCAUAUUCUCCGAAGCCUUCGUAAGUUAUCGUGGUCGUUAAGGCCGUUUGAGAUGAAUGUCUGUCAGGUGCGUGCUCGCUGUACAUACGACAUGACAGAUCAUCUCCGAUCCGGACCAAUGGAUAUUGCUAUCGCAGAUGAGGACAUUCAGUGUAGUCAUGUGCAUUGAGCUACUCGUGCCGCACCUCAGGAUGUUCACACAUAGCAUUACAUAGGGCACUACAUGAAAUAGAAAAGGUCUUGUUGUAAUCACAGUUAAACUCUACCACCUGCAUUUUAGAUAAUUUAUCAAGUCAGAAUUAUCUAUUUUCAUCUGUUCGUAAAUGUCUCUAGAGUUAGGUGGCUUGAGCAGCAGGUUCUUGCAUACAGGCCCCUUUUUGCAGGGUAAAAAAUUGCUAAUGGAAUUUUAUCUCCAUGAGUGCGAGUACUCUCAAACCAUUGUGGCAUUCAAGCCAGUCAGCCAAAUCUGAAUGUCUGACAACCUUUCGAAGGAUAGUUAAUUUGCCCCUGUGCUCUCGACUCGUGGGGCUCGUUCAAUGGC